AUGGCGAUCUGUACUUAUAACGCACGUACGCUUGCAUCAGAAGAGGCCAUCGAAGAUCUGAUUAUGCAAGCCAAGAAGAUCAAGUACGACGUCAUCGGACUGACAGAGACGAGGCGACCUCACCCUCUCAACGCCGUAUAUGAAACCGGAGAAGAACUGUUCUUAGGAACAUGCGACAGUAGAGGUGUUGGUGGAGUUGGCGUCCUCGUCAACACGAAUAUGGCAAAGAACAUCGACUCUGUCGAACAACUUACCACCCGAAUCAGACGUCUGCGGAUAAGAAGAUGUGGUCCAACACCAGCUUUGACUAUCUUCGUCGCUUAUGCUCCAACAUCAAGCUACGAUGAAGAAGAAGUCGAAGCUUUCUAUAUGGACCUAGAAAAGUUCUACCGAGAAGAUCAUGCAUUCUACAAGGUCAUAAUUGGCGAUUUCAACGCCAACGUUGGCCCAAGAAGAAGCCCCUUAGGAACUUCACAUCGGUCUACAAUGGAAUGGCCAGAGAGAGAGGCUCUCCGAGCUCAUCAUGACGACCAAGACCAUCCAUGGGAACUCGCAAUUCCAGAAGCUCUCUUCUCUACGCUGGACAUGGGAGUCACCCGGUGGAGGGUACCAUAA